AUGGCUUCUGGGCCGGGCGGGAGCUGGGGUAGCGCCGCACCGCGGAGUGCAGACCCUACGCCCUGGGUGACCAUCCUGCAGUCCCUUCCGUCGGCCGUCCCACCCCCGCCCCCGCAGCCGGGCCGCGUGAAGGAAGACUUGCUGGAGCUGAUGAUGCUGCAGAACGCGCAGAUGCACCAGCUGCUGCUGAGCCGCCUGGCGGCGGGGGCGGCGGGGGCGCUGAGCCCCAGGUCAGACUCGCCCAGCGCGCAGGUCUACCUAGAGGACCAACUGGAAGAACUGCAGGAGGAGAUGGACACUCAGGAGGAAGAGCCUUUGGUGUUCCACCACCACUACCUGCCCUGUUCACCACCACUACCUGCCCUGGGAUCCCUGCCACUCUGGCCAGCCCCUUUCCUCCCCCCGCCCCCACAUCAGCCCCUCUUGCAGGAUGCACCUACGAUUCAGCACUGGCCUCCUGCCUCCAGGAAAAGGGGGACGAGAGCUGUGCCACCGCCCCCACCCCCCAGUGCCACAGGGACUGUGGGUGCAGAUGUACCUCCUGCUUCAGACUACUAUGAUGCUGAGAGUAUGCUGUGAAGAUGGGUGCUCGUGGGGACCAUGCCUGCUUCAGUGCAAG